ACACCGGCCGGAAGGACCCAGGAAGGAGGUCCCGGCCCCAGCCUCGCGCCGCCGCGCCGGCGGGACCAGGUGCGCGCGCCCCGAGGACCCGCCCCCUGGCGCACGUCCCUCUCCUUCCCUCUGAGAAGCGCGAGGGCCCCCAGCGCGCAGGCGUCAACCCGCCAACUCCGCAGCCAUCGCCCGCCAAAGCGCCUGCGCACCAGCGCUGGGCCGGAGGCGGGGCGAAGGCAGGAGGGAGAGUGGAGCGCGCCCAAAUCCUAGAGAGGCGGGCUGAGGAGGGCUGGGGGAAGGGCUCGUCUUCCGGAAAGUCUGCGUUCCCGGACGACCAGAGGCGCCGCUCACCGACCUCCCGCACAGGAGAAUGGCCAGAGAGAGCCGGCUACCCUGUGUCCCCAUCGGAGAUCUUCAGAGAGGAGCCGGCGCUGCCAUCGGGAUGAGACCAGGACUCGCCGGAGGCCGGCUCCCACCGCCGAGGGCGCCUGGGCGCGUGGGCGCAUGCGUGGUAGGCUCCCUCCACGUGUGGCUGGGCCGCGGCCUCCCCGCGCUCCGAGGCCCCGCCCCGGCCCCGCCCCCGAUCUCAGCAUCCUUCCGGGCGCGGGGAGCCGGCCGGGAGGAGGGCGGGUCCGCCUCGCGGCUGGCCCCGCCUCGGCGGCCUUCCAUUGGACUUGGGUGAGGGCGGCCCCGCCCAUCGCCUUCCCAUUGGGACGCGCGUGCAAGCGGCGCGUCUCAUUGGGCUGUGCGAAUUUGGGCACCAAAUUCAAAGAUUUUAAAAGUACCAGCUGGCGCCUUUUAGGAGAUAAGAGCUCGGUGCGGCUGCAUCCCGCUCCUCGCGUGGUGGCAGGUCGCGCACCUGAGGAGGACCCGGCUGCCACUGCCAUGAGCCGGCGCGCCUGCAGCUGUUCCCCCUCCAGCUCCAGCUCCAGCUCCCGCUCCAGCUCCUGCUGCUGCAGCGCCGUGACAGCUCCCAGGCGCCCUGGCUCCUUGAAUAGUUGCAAAGAAACGUCUGUUCUUUCUAUCAAAAUGAAGUAUGAUUUUAACUAUAACCAUGUUCAUUCUGGAAUUAAGCUGAUAAAACCGGAUGACAGUGGAAGGCUAGGUUCCUACACUUCUGCAUGUUUGGAAAGUUCUAAUAAAGACUGCAUUAAAGACUAUGAAAGGCUAUCAGAUAUCGGGUCACCCAUUGUGAGCCCCAGGAUUGUAGAACUUGAAACUGAGAACAAACCUUUGCAUAACAAGGAAAAUCAACAUGUGCAACCAACACUUAAUAGAUCAAAUGAAAUAGAAGAACUAGAAACCAAUGGACCUUAUGAAGACAGUGGCUAUUUUUCAUUUUCCCAAAAGAGUGUCCUGGAUGAACAGGAAGAGGCUAGCCUUUCCCUGGAAGAAAAUUGCAAUGACAGUCCACAGUCUUGUCUACCUCAGACUCAAAGCCCAGGCCAAUAUCCCAACAAAAACUUGAUGCCAGCUCUUCAUUUUGCAAAAGUUGUUUGUUCAACAUUAAAAAAGAGUGCCAGACGGAAUCAUAAAAUAGAUUGGGAGAAGCUAAAGGAGUAUGAUGUAGGUUUUCGACUACAGAAUAUAAUUGGCAGAAAAAUGGGCCUAGAAUAUGUAGAUAUUCUCAGUGAACUCUUUCGAAGGGGACUCAGACAUCUCUUAGCAAAUAUUUUAACACAGCUCAGCGAUAUGGACUUAAUCAAUGUGUCUAAAGUGAGCAUAACUUGGAAGAAGAUUCUAGAAGAUGAUAAGCGAGCAUUGCAGUUGUACAAUAAAGCAAUACAAAGAGUUACUGAAAAGAACAUUAAGUUUUCAUCACAUGCUUUAACCAGAGAAUAUGGUAUGUUUAGAACUGCAUUAGCUUCUGUUCAAAAAUCAGCAGCCCAGACUCCCCUCAAAAAUGAUGCUCAAGACAAGUUAUCUGAUCCAGCUGAUCAGAAAGGUUCUACUUAUAGUUGGCACAAUGAAUUCUCUGAGGUUGCCAAGACAUUGAAAAAGAAUGAAAGCCUCAAAGCCUGUAUUCGCUGUAAUUCACCUGCAAAAUAUGAUUACUAUUUACAGAGGGCAAUCUGCAACAGAGAAGGCUGUGGGUUUGAUUAUUGUACAAGAUGUCUGUGUAAUUAUCAUACCACCAAAGACUGUUCGAAUGGCAAGCCUCUAAAAGCCAGUUGUAAAAUGGCUCCUCUGCCUGGUACUAAGAAAAGCAAGCAGAAUUUACGACGAUUGUGAUAUCUUAUUAAUAUCUGUUAUAGCUGAUUAUGAAGGUUAGUCAGAAAAUGUUAGGUUUUAAUUUAAAAAAUUAAGAAUAUUGUGAUUUUCAAUUUUAUGUUGAAUUGAGUAUCCGGCAAGGGAUUUCUCUGCCUGCCUUCUAAGUGGAGGAUGCAAACCUCUUAAAAUAUUUUAUAAUUUAAUGUGAAAAAGUUCAAUGUUCUCGGCAUAAGUCAGGAAAUUUAAAUAUUUUAAGAAAAAAAAAUUGUCACCUGAUAUUUGUCUUAGAGAUAAAAUAAAAUUGAUUGAAUGUUUUAAUAAAGAAGCACAUGUAAUUUUACCUACACAAUCUUACCUAAAUUUUGUUUGCCAUCUAUUAGUAUCUGAGACAUUUUAUUUGCCUUACCAAAUUAAUGUCUUUUGAAGUAGCAAGUCUGGACUCUUAAUUUAAAUGUUUUGUCAAUUUCUUUAAUGUCUUUUUCAGUGUGUAUAUUUCCAUGUGUCCUUUGUGAAAUCCUGUUUGCUUUGAUUUGUAAAGUUCGUAUGUUUUAAUAUUUUUGUAAAUAUAUAAAUAUUUCUAUUUUUAUGUGAAGAAAAUAAUUUGUAUAUAUAUGUAAAAAUAAAUUUUGCCCUGUUAUGAAUAAAAUUAUCACAAAUUUAAUAAAUAUUGUGAACUUUUAUUUAUAUGUCUUACCUGGUAGAAGGGCUUUAAUUUUUUUUAGAAUGCAGAUUUGCUGGUCUUUCAGCAUUUGCAUGUCUAAAAACAUUUCAUCUUUUUUAGUAUGGAGAAUUUAUUAUGUGCCAAAUGUCUUUUUCUUCUUUAUCAACUGCCCCCAGUAAGUCCCUGUAAUUCCAUCCCCUAAUACCCCUAGCUUCUGGCAUUCACUAAUCAACUUUCUGUCUAUAGUUACCUAUUCUGAACAUAUUACAUAGGUGAAAGUAUACACUUAACAUACUGUGUUCAAGGGUCAUCCACAUUGUAGCAUGUGUAAGUAUUCCUUUUUGUAACUGAAUGAUAUUCCACUACACAGAUAUGUCACAUUUUUUGGUAGACAUUUGAAUGAUGCUUAUAUGAAAAUCAUACACAAGUUUGUCUGAAUAUGUUUUUUAUUACUUUGGGUUUGCCUAGGAGUGAAUUACCGAAUAGCAUGGCAAUUCUAUGUUUAAUUUUUUUUGAGGAACUGCCAAACUUCACAGCAGCUGCAUUAGUUUAAUACUAGAGGCCCAACUAGCGAGACCGAGAACCCCAGCGCCAGUGGGACUCAGAGUCAAGUCCCUGCCCACCCGCGUGCGCCUCGCCAUGCACGCAGCCUCCUGGUGACCAGUCUGUGGUCAUGACUGCGUGAUGGUGUCAUGGCCAAGGGGUUUUAUAAUGGGUUAUUGUCUAAAAUUGCCCUGGCUAGAACCUCCAUGGUGAAUAGAAAUAAUGAGAGUGGGCCUCGUUGACUUGUUCCUGAACUUGGGACACUCUGCCUGUGCAGCCAUUGUAAAUCGGGUGUUUGGGAGACAGAUAAAUUUCCCCUUUCGUGUACAAGUCCUUAGCUUGGAAGGAACCACACUUGAAUUGUAUUUCAAGAACAUACCUCAAAAACCCCACCUAUACCAGGGUCAGAUUGAAGUGGUGAGAUUCUCGAUUUUGAGCUGAAGCCAUAAUGGAAUGAGGUUUUCAAGAGUUUAGGGAGAGGCUAAGUCUAGUUUUCAUAUGAGAGGGAUGGGAAUUAUGGGAGUUAGAGAGCAGACUGUUAGCCUCUAAAAUGUCUUCCAAUGAUCCCAACCUUGGUGUUCACACCUUUAUGUAAACCCUCGGCUUCCCCCGUGAGGGACACAGGCCCCGCCACCACCCCAGAGUGACAACCAACCAAAUCGCAGCCAACGCUGCCAUGGUGCAAAAGGCGGCCCACAGCCCAGCCCAGUCCAGCCCACAAAUGGUGGCUGUGGCCACUGGGUAAUGACGUCACGUUUUUGUUGACAUUCUGAAGCCAAAAUUGUGGACAGAAUAUGUCUGAAGACCAGCUAUUGCCACAGUGUACCUCUGAAGCCAAAAGAAGCCCCAUCGUCGAAAGAAUGUAUCAGAAGACCAACUAUUAGCACAACAUACCUCUGAGGCUGAAAAAAAGCCACGUUGUCAACAGAAUGUCUGAAGAACAACUAUUGGCACAACGUAUCUCUGAAGCCGAAAGAAAGCCACGUCUGAGUAUGUCUGAAGAACUCACCGACAAGUACUACCAAUACUGGUAGGAACUGCCUUCAUCGUGAAAAUGAGGUAAAUGAGGAUGCAAUUAUCGAACACAGUUGUGGUGGAUACUCAGUGUUGCAGCAAAGGCAAAGUUUGUCCAAAUGAUAAUAAAUUUUCCAGAAUACCCGGCA